CUCACCUCGAUCAGCAGCGUUGGAGCUGUCAAGAUGGCUGUCCAGGGCUCCUGUUGAAGGACUGCGAUAAUUUCAUCCGUAAGACAGUGGCAGAUCAGCAAGUCAUUUCGUCGCGGCGGCGGUAGAAGUAUUUCAUACACACAGAGAUCUGCAGAUGGGUCAGGGUCUGUGGAGGGUGGCGAGGAACCAGCAGCUGCAGCAGCAGUACAGUGAACAGUGCUUCCUCCAGCGGGACAGAGAGCGGGGCCGAAGGGCAGGGCCCCCACUUGCUGAGACGCUGCAGCAGCGCCGCACACCACAGUGCCAGGUGCCUGGCACCGACAUCAGCCACCUGCUGCGUGUCCGCAAAGGCAAAGAGGAGCAGGGCUUCAUUGAUCUUGAGAUGCUGCCACCUGAACUCAGCAUCACCAUCCUCUCCUACCUGAAUGCUACCGACCUGUGCCUGGCCUCUUGUGUGUGGCAGGACUUGGGAAAUGAUGAGUACCUGUGGCAGGGCCUGUGCAAGUCCACUUGGGGUCACUGUUCCAUAUACAACCGAAGGCUUCCAUCUGGAUUUUCAUAUAGAAAGCUCUACAUGGAAUUAGAUGAAGGAAGUCUAACCUUUAACGCCAACCCGCAAGAGGGUAUCAGUUACUUCAUGUCCAGAGGUAUUCUUGUGGACCACCCGAAGGAAAUUGCCAAGUUUAUAUUUUAUACCCGAAUGCUGAACUGGAAGAUGCUGCGGAUUUAUCUUGAUGAACGGCGGGAUGUGUUGGAUGAGCUUGUCACACUGCAUAAUUUUAGUAACCAGUUCCUCCCUAAUGCACUGAGAGACUUCUUCAGACACAUUCAUGCCCCGGAGGAGAGGGGCGAGUACCUGGAGACCCUCAUCACUAAGUUUUCUCAUCGUUUCUGUGCCUGCAACCCUGCUCUGGUACAGGAUGUGGGCUUAAGUCCUGAUGCAGUGUACGUGCUGUGCUACUCCCUCAUCCUUCUCUCCAUCGAUCUGACCAGCCCUCACGUAAAGAACAAGAUGUCCAAGAGGGAGUUUAUCCGAAACACACGGCGAGCUGCUCAGAACAUCAGCGAGGACUUUGUAGGGCACCUCUAUGACAACAUCUAUCUGAUCGGCCACGUGGCGGCCUAGACACUACAGCGCUUGACACGUUAGAGAGAGACUGCUGGCACGUAAAACAUUAGCGACUGCACUAGGAAGGAUUCUGCUUGAAGCUGGAAGAAACACUGUCAGAACUCUGCAGGUCAUUUUAAACUGAAGUCUUGUGAGUGAAGCCCUUGAUACGAUGUGCUGCAUUGCGAAGUGUGUGGAGUGGAGGACAGCCACAAUGUGAAGAAUCAGCAAAGCGAGUCAGUUGUUAGCAGGCUAGCAAUGGUAGCGACAAGGUUUAUCUACCACAAACCGCUUAAACAUGCAAAAACCAUGUAGCUACGUGAAGAUAUACGAGAUAAGCUAUGAAGUCAGUUAAAAACUGAAUGUAGACUUUAUGGGGCUUGCGUCAUAUUUACAAAGACGUCCUUUUUUUUUUUUCUUUCCUCGUUCUAAUUUGGAAACCUCUCAUGCUUAUUAAAUGAAUGUCAGAUUUUUUGCCAUAUCUAUAAAAAAUUCAGGCAAGUCUAAGACAUUCAGUCUAGAGUCACUGUGAUUUCAAAGGAUUGACAAGACUACAACAGCACACCUAUAAUAUUGACUAUGAACAAAAGCGUUUUUUAAUUCUAUUUCUGUGUGUACUUUCUUGUUUUAGGAGGCUUUGUGUUUGUGCAUUGUCUCAUCUUCCUAGAGAAGAGUAAAAGCCUAUGAGACAUUGUAUGCACUGAAUUUUUAUUGCGCAUCUUUCGUAGAUUUGGUACCUUUUCUUUUGUCCAUUCGUUCUUUUUCUUUUCUGUUAGACUGUUUUCCAAUCAUAUAAAUUAUGUACACGCAAACACUUCAUAUACAACCAUUCUGUUCUCUAUUAUGUUCGAGAGAAGCUUUUUCUUUUUCCUCAUAUAAUUCAUUGGACAUCUUGUCUUUUAGUUAAAUAUUUAGUCUCAGUUCAUAAAUGUGAGUAUUUUUCUUUUUUCUUUUAUUCAGACUUCAGACUACAAUUGGGUGCCAAUAGUGAGGAUUAAAUACUAAAUAUAUACAAUAAUACGUAAAAUUAUUCUUCACACAAGCUGCAUAGUUUAAUUUAAUGUUGGACAUUUUAUUUGCACAUAAUGUAUAUAUUUAAGUACAGAGAUUUAUAAACAUUAAAUUUUAUUUUGGAGUAUUUUAACUAAGAGUUGUGGUUUUUCCCUUAAUUAAAAGAGUGGAUUUUCUGCUUUUGCACUUUUUUGACAUAUUUAACCAAUGCUAUGAGCACUCAACCACUCAGAAAACUGCUGCAGCAUUUAUUUGUGAAAUGUCAUGCCAACAACUACAUAAUUCUGACCAUUUUGAUCCAGUGCUGAAUUAACUGUAAUUUUAAUAAUGGAUUACAGCUUAUCUUUCCCUGUCUUUUUUUUUUUUUUUUUUUUUUUUUUUUUUUAAGUAGGUAUCUAUCCAGCAAAUGCAAUUCUAUUUGAACAAACCUGCUUUACUGUAGUUAAAUUGCAGAUUUGUUUAAUAUAGAUUUCAGAAUGAUAACACUGGACUAACGCACUUAUAGAUUGUAUCAAAAAAUAAAAUUUUUAAAAAUCACUG